ACUAUAAGAAGAUAAAUGACAGUACAACAAGUCAGUUUACAAGUGGACCACCGUACCCGCACUGAUAUCAGUUACGAGACUUCCAAGUUUCUCUCUUUUCUGCGUUCAAGAGCUACUCAGCCGCGACGUAUUGCGAAUUCUUCCACAAGCAAGAGGAAAGACACCGAAGAGGAUAACAUGUCGAUCAACUUCAGGAGCAUUCUCAUAAGUGAUCCCGUGGAUGAGUCUUGUGAAGCGCUGCUCGCCGAGCACGAUGUUCCAGUUACGACGAAAUACAAGCUACCGAAGGAUGAGCUGAUCAAGGAACUGCAGAAUCAUGAUGCUCUUAUCGUCCGAUCCGAGACCAAAGUUACGGCAGAUAUUUUCGCUGCUUGCCCAAAUCUCCGCGUUGUUGGUCGAGCUGGUACCGGCGUCGACAACAUUGAUCUUCAAGCUGCCACACGUAAAGGAGUGGUUGUAUUAAACACUCCGGGAGGCAAUAGCAUUAGCGCUUGCGAGUUAACAUGCGCCCUGAUCUCCGCGCUCGCGCGCAACGUCGCGCAAGCUGCACAGUCGCUGAAGGAAGGUCGAUGGGACCGGAAAUUGUAUUCUGGAUACGAGUUGUCCGGCAAGACCCUCGCGAUCCUCGGGACGGGUCGCAUAGGCCGCGAGGUGGCUCACAGAAUGCAGAGCUUCGGCAUGAAUAUCGUUGCCUAUGAUCCAUUUUUGACAGACGAGAUCGCCGCCCAGCUCGGCAUCAGAAAUCUCAACACGGAGGAAAUAUGGCCCAUCGCCGACUAUAUCACCGUACACACGCCGCUUAUGCCUGAAACCAAAAAUUUGAUCAACGCAACAACCUUGGCAAAAUGCAAAAAAGGAGUGUAUAUCGUUAAUGUCGCACGUGGUGGCAUAGUUGAUGAGGAGGCUCUUUUGAAUUCAUUAAAAUCUGGUCAUUGUGGCGGAGCGGCUUUGGACGUCUUCGUGGAGGAGCCGCCGAAGAAUGCAAUCACUUUAGAACUCAUCAAACAUCCAAAAGUUGUUGCGACACCUCAUCUCGGUGCCAGCACGGAGGAAGCUCAGCAACGAGUAGCAGUAGAAAUUGCGCAACAAUUCUUGGCUUUAUCUGGCAAAUCAACAGAAUAUACCGUCACUGGUAUCGUAAACGCUCCGGUCUUAUCUGCUGCUAUGACGGCCGAGAACGAACCUUGGAUCGAAUUGUCAAAGAAAUUGGGUCAAUUAGCCGGUCGCUUCCUCAAGGGCAAACUAAAUACAGUAAUUCACAGCCGCACUGUAGGAAAUGCCAUGCAGGACAAAAAGUUCAUACACACAGCCGUUCUGGUCGGCAUAUUAACCGGCCAAACGAAGAAUGGCUUGAAUCUAGUUAAUGCGCCCACUCUGGCGCAAGAUAUUGGCGUUGAAUUGCAAGAAGGCCACGUCGAAGAUCACCAUAAAGCGGUCAUCGUGAAAGUUGGAGAACAUAUCAUCAAAGGAACUGUGCGUGACAAUCAAUCGCUGUUGCUCGCUUUGGACGACGCAGUCUUUAGCAAUGGCAUCGUGCUCAGGGACUAUAUUUGUUUAUAUCGGGCGAAUCGAGUACAGGAUCUCGCCAGUAUCGUAAACGUUUUCUCGUCGAAAAGCAUCAACAUUCACAAUUUGAAUGCCAAUGGCAGCUGGGUCAUCAUUCACACCGAUCAGCAGGUCUCAAUUCAAGUGGACGAAAUUGAGAGCUUUUGAGCGCAAUUGCGUGCUUCCAAGAGAGACAUACUGACAAUGAGUGAUCCUUGAGAAGAGACGGAAUGUAAAAUGAAUGCGGGAAUGCCCGAAUUUUGAAGAAUCCAGUAUUGUUCAAUUACUAAAAAAUGUGGGUACUUUUUGUAGAGACCGGAGCUUAUUCUAGAAAUACAUGUCUUUAAUUAUGUAAACUCCAUUUAUAUAAUAUAUCAUUAUUUAUUAUCUGCUUAUCAAAGUAGAUGAAUAAGAAAAGCUAGCUAAAUCAACAUUUCUAAUGCAUAUUACAAGUAUUUAGUUUUUUUUUAAGAAACAAAUUAUAUAUAAAAAAAUAUAAGUGUAAUAUGUUCUAGUUUCAUCAUAAAUAACAUAUUAAUCGUUAGCAAAUAAGUCGUUAUACUUUUUACAUAUGUACGCAUGUAGAAAUGUAAAAAAAAAAGUAUAUAAAAUGUGUCUAUAGAGGUAUUUAUAUUUUUAUAUUAUUAGACUUUGUUAAUAAAACAUCACAUUUUAUCAAAUCACCGUUUCUGUGUCAUUACUGACUAUACAAGGGUCUAAGCGUCUAUAUACAAACGAACAAUUGCUUGUAUAAAAGAGAUAAGAACUCUACUCUAAGUAUAGAAAAAGUUGAUCUUGAAUAGGUUCUAAUGUUAGUAAAAAUUCUAUAAAAAAUAUAUUUAUGGAGAAAAAAUGCUCAUGGAGAAAAAUAGCAUAUUCAUAAAAAUGUCCGAUUUUAACGUCUAGGCCCUUGCAGUCAAAAUAUAAUCCUACAAACAUACAUCAUUAAUAUUAUCUUAAAUGAUCGCUUUUACCAUUAUUUUUUCAAUAUAGAUUAUACUUUGAAACAAGAACAUCCAAUGUUCGGAGAGACCAACGAGUUCUUUGGUGUAUAAUUCGAUUCUCAGAUGUUAAUUAUACAACUUGCAACAAUUGUACACAAUAAAUUGAUUACGCAUCAAAUUAAAUUGAAAUGUCUAUCUCAUAAAAAAAUAAUAUUGAUACGUGACAUUGCGUAAUGAGAUAUCACAUCUUUCAAUGUAUAUACACUGUGUUGUUUAACGUGAUAAACAAAUAUCAAAAGCAACAGAAAUAUCAAAGUUGAAUGUAAAAUAAACUUAUUAUAAAUAAACUGAAUGCAAACAA